AUGCACAGUAUCAACACCAGCGAGGAGUCUCAGCAUGAAGAUGGUGUCCAGGAGGUUUCAACCGCCCCUGGAGAUGAAGAAGCAGCUAGUGCUAACCCCAGCAUCCAGUCUGAAGAUGGUGAAGCUGUGGAGAAGGCUUCAUCCACCGAUGUGAUUCUGGUCUCAACUGAGGAUGAAGACGUACCAGAAGACAUGGAGUUGUUGUCUUCUUCUAUGUGUUUUUUUUCUUUUAUCAGCAGAAUCAACGCUGACGAGGAGUCCGAGGAAGGAGCUGGUGUCCCUGGAGAUGAAGAAGCAGCUAGUGCUAACCCCAGCAUCCAGUCUGAAGAUGGUGAAGCUGUGGAGAAGGCUUCAUCCAGCGCUGUGAUUCUGGUCUCAACUGAGGAUAAAGACGUAUCAGAAGACACAGAGUUGUUGUCUUCUGCCCCAGAAGAUAAGUAUAUGUCCUUUUCUUUUAUUAGCAGCACCAACAAGGAGUCCGAGGAAGAAGCUGGUGUUCAGGAGGCUUCACCCACCGCUGAAGAUGAAGAAGCAACCAGUGCUAACACCACCAUUGAGCCUGAUCACGAUGAGCCUGUUGAGAAGGCUUCCAGUUGGCUUCGCUGGCUGGUGCCUCGCCGUAAGAAACAGAAGGUGGAGACAGAACCUCCAUCUGAGACAGCAGAGAUGGACACAGAUUGCACUGAGGCCCAGCCAUUUACCAUUCACAGUAAAAAACUCAACCCAAUAGGUCAGGGUGGGAGUGUAGAUGUCGAAACUCUCAACGCCGAUAUAUAUAGAAAAGUGUUCAGUCGGCAAAAGAAUUUGUUGCAGGAAAAAACCUCAGCCAGCACAGAAGUCAUUCCCAGAGAGGAGCUGGUCUGCCUCGGGUUCCCCAACCUGGCGCAGACCUGCUACAUGAACUCCACCCUGCAAGGCCUCCUGACGCUGAGACCUUUUGUUCAUGACAUCAUCAAGCAGAAGAAGGUGUGGAUGUCUCACCCCGGAUCUAAAGUCCUCAGACGGUUUGUAGAUGUGGGACACAGCCACUUUAACAGCAACAAGAGAGAGGCAAAAAGUGUCCUGGCUGCUUUUAAAGACGCUGUCGCUGAGUUUAACUCAGAGUUUAAGGACCAUCAGCAGAAAGAUGCCCAUGAGUUCCUCAGCUCCUUGUUGAAUCAGAUGAAGUCUCUGAACUUUGACCUGCAGGAAUCAGCAGUUAACAUGGGCUUCAGAUACACCUGCCCUGUUGAUGCUCACAUCACCUUCCAGAUGUUGAGCACCAGGACCUGCAAAGGAUGCGGUAAACAAUCCAUGAGGGAGGAGGACUACAUCAACCUGUCCCUAGACCUGGUGCAUGGCGGCUCAGUAAACCAGUGUCUAAAGGACUACCUUAAAGUGAACCAGUUGGAAUAUCGGUGUGAGUGUGGUGCAGAGCAGUCAACGCAGCGGCCGUCCUUCUUGACCCUGCCAAAUGUACUGAUCCUGCAGCUGAAGAGAUUCAGCUUCACCAAAACCUACGACCUGGUGAAGGUGCAGAGCCCCGUUGUUUUAUCAAGAGAGCUGCUGGUGAAUCCAGAAUCUAGCGUUGCCGAACAGACAACAACUCGCUACUCUCUGGUGAGCAUCGUCAGCCAUUUAGGAUCCACAGCCAACUCUGGACAUUAUAUUUGUGACGGAGCCUACAGACCGGGAGAUAAUAAAGACCGAUGGCUAACUUACAACGACAAACACGUCAGUGAGACGACCGGCGCGUCUGUCUGCCACAAUCGCCAACAAACAGCCUACCUGCUGUUCUACGUGAAGCAUCAGUAGAAAAGAAUCAUCGUUGGAGGACCAAAAUUCAAAACAGUGUUUUGUAUAUUUUAUUUAAUUUUUUUUCUCUUUUAUAUAUUUAUGUGUUUAUUGGUAUAUAGUUUUAUGUAUAUAUAUAUAUAUAUAUAUAUAUAUAUAUAUAAUUUAUUUUAUGUGUAUAUUUAUAUGUGUUUGUUCUUCUCUGUCUCUCUCUUGAGGUAAGUAUUUUUUUUCAAUGUUUUGUCAUGUCAUUUAAUGCUUUUAUUUUGUUGUUCUCUCUCUCUCCCCCCAUCUCCCCUCUCACAUUCUCUCUACGUAUUUUUCUCUAUUGAUCUGUUGCUCUCCCUGAGGUUUCUCCUCGUUUUUAUCACCCGUUAAAGGGUUUUUUGAGGAGUUUUUCCUGGUCCACUGUGACGUCAAAGGACGGAAGGUGUUGUACUCUGCACAGUCUGGAAAAAAAGUUUCUUUCUUUCUUUCUUUCUUUCUUUCUUUCUUUCUUUCUUCUCUUUCUUU